AGACAAACGCGUUGAUGAUUGGCCCUUGAUGCAGUCUCCAUUCCCAACGUUGACUAUAAGCACUAUUUAUCUCCUCACUGUCUGGCUGGGCCCCAAAUGGAUGAAGACAAGAGAGCCCUUCCAGUUACGUUUCCUGUUGGUUGUUUACAACUUUGGAAUGGUUCUACUCAACUUCUUCAUUUUCAAAGAGCUGUUUUUGUCAUCAAGAGCUCGAGGGUACAGCUAUGUCUGCCAGACUGUGGAUUAUUCAGAUAAUGUUUAUGAAGUUAGGAUAGCUGCUGCUUUAUGGUGGUAUUAUGUCUCUAAAGGAAUUGAAUAUUUGGAUACAGUAUUCUUCAUCUUGAGGAAGAAAUUUAACCAAAUUAGUUUCCUUCAUGUCUAUCACCAUUUCACCAUGUUCACUUUGUGGUGGAUUGGUAUUAAGUGGGUUGCAGGUGGACAAG